AUGGAGACGUUACUGGCGCUCGCUCGAAGAAAUCGGCGAUCAACGGGACGACAAGUGAUACAGACACCCACUGAAACGGACACUAUGUGCAUUUGCGCAUUCGACCGACUCACACAGGACGCGUGGCCUUGUCAUCCCAAGGCUGUAUGGCAGAACACAACAUGCGAUUUUUGCGACGACCAUAUGUUUUGUCAGAAGCAUUCAAAAACUAAAGAACGUCGGAACUUGCCGUGCCUUUGUGGAGAUGGCGGAGCGUUCUGCAUGAAGUAUGAUCGGAUGGCGAAGUUACUAGAUCUGUGGAAUUUCUUCAGUGACGUGGGGCAAGCAACCGAGAUCUCUGACGAGGAAAUAGAAGCGCUAGGAUUUGGAAACAUGACCGAUGAAGUAGCCAUCGUCACUAAAGCUAAAGAGAACAUCAUCUUCGCAAUGAGUGCUCUUAGCGAACAACAACGGAGAGAAAUGUCGCAGGCGAAACACAAUCUCAUCCACAAGUGCUCAUUCAAUGGCAAACCGUGUGAUAUUGACAGAGACUUCGCUAUUAUCUCGGAUCCAACUUUUGGUAACUGUUUCACCUUCAAUCACAACCGCUCUGAUAUUAAAAGCAGUCUUCGAGCGGGUCCGAUGCACGGCUUACGUGUUAUGCUAUUCGUUAAUGCUUCCGAUUAUCUACCAACUUCUGAAGCGGUCGGUGUCCGUCUCACUAUCCAUGACAAAAACGAGUUUCCUUUUCCAGUGAGCGAUUACAAUUUCAUUCAAAGACACAUUUGGCUACAGCGCACCGACCGGCUACAUCUCAUCUUUUGGGAUGCGAAUGAAGAAAAUGUCUCGCCUCCCGGCACCCUACGGGGACUGUAUUGCGGAUGGGGGCACAUCAAAUUACAUAUACACAGGCUAUGCGUACUCCACAGAGGUGGGAAACCAAUUUUACUAUGCGCAGUAUAUUGGAUGCAAGUUCAGGGAUGUUAUCGUACCUGCUUUCAACAGCUGACUAUCGACCGUUGCGGUUGCGGAGAUCCCCGUUUCCCGUCUAUCGGCGACCAUAAACUCUGUGAAGUAUUUAAUAAAGAGCAUAGAGCGUGUCUUGAACAGAGUACGCAUGAACUUGGUGAUAUUCAUGGAUCAUUCAAAUGCAGGUGUCAGCAGCCAUGCAAUCAAACGAUCUACACAAUGUCAUACUCGGAAGCGAUAUGGCCCAGUCAAUCGCUAAAUAUUACUCUGGGAACAUGUGAGGCAGAACCAGAAGUGUGCAAUGAACAAUAUCAGGAGAACGCUGCAAUGCUGGAAGUAUUCUAUGAGGCUCUUAACUUUGAAACUCUAACGGAAUCAGAAGCUUAUGGAGUGGUGAAAAUGCUGGCCGACUUUGGCGGGCAACUGGGCCUGUGGUCGGGAGUCUCCUUCAUGACGAUUUGCGAAUUCGUCUGUCUUUUUUGUGAACUGCUCUACAUGAUGUUCUCGCAUCACUACAACAAGCAUAAACAGAAAAAGCGUGAAAAGAGCGACUUCUAA